ACAGAACCAGGAAGUUUCGUAUUACUCUUGUGGAGGCCACUCCUCUUCCUCUGCACAAACAAGGAAAUCGAAAGUUAUCUCUGAUACUCCUCUGCGCCGUUUGUUAGUGAGUGUCAAAAUGGCAGAGGCAUUUUUUGAAGAUCGGGAUUCAUUUAGCUGUUCGAUCUGCUUGGAUAUACUGAAGGAUCCGGUGACUACUUCCUGUGGACACAACUACUGUAUGGGUUGUAUUGAGGACUGCUGGGAUCAGGACGAACUGAAAGGUGUUUACAGCUGCCCAGAGUGCCGACAGACCUUCGUCCAAAGGCCUGUUCUGAACAGAAACACGUUGCUGGCUAAAGUGGUGGAGAAACUGAAACAUACUGCUCUUCAUGCUGCUCCUCCUGCUGCUCCUCAUGCUGCUCCUCAUGCUGCUCCUCAUGCUGCUCCUCAUGCUGCUCCUCCUGCUCACUGUUAUGCUGGACCUGGAGAUGUGGAGUGUGAUUUCUGCACUGGGAGAAAACACAAAGCCCUCAUGUCCUGUCUGGCGUGUCUGGUCUCUUACUGUGAGACUCACCUCCAGCCUCACUAUAAUUUCCCUGCCUUAAAGAAGCACAUGCUGGUCAAAGCCUCCACACAACUACAGGAGAAGAUCUGUUCUCAACAUGACAAACUGCUGGAGGUUUACUGUCGUACCGAUCAGCAGUGUAUCUGUUAUCUAUGUACCAUGGAUGAACAUAAAGGCCAUGAUACAGUCUCAGCUGCAGCAGAGAGGACUGAGAAACAGAAGCAGGUGGGGGAGAAACAACAGAAAUCCCAGCAGAGAAUCCAGGAGAGAGAGAAGGAGAUGCAGGAGCUGAGACAGGCUGUGGACUCUCUGAAGCUCUCUGCACAGGCAGCCGUGGACGACAGCGAGAGGAUCUUUGCUGAGCUUAUCCGCACCAUGGAGACAAGGUGCUCUGAGGUGAAGGAGCUGAUCAGAGACCAGGAGAAGGCUGAAGUGAGUCAGGCUGAAGGCCUCCUGGAGCGACUGGAGCAGGAGGUGGCUGAGCUGAGGAGGAGAGAUUCUGAGCUGGAGAAGUUCUCUCACACAGAGGACAACAUCCACUUCCUCCAGAGGUUUAAAGACCACAGUGCCCCCCCUGUUUCUGAAGAGAUGCCUGCCGUCAUCCUUAACCAAAGUCGUGAUUUUAAGACGGUGAUGACCUCUGACCUCCAGGAAAAGCUGAUGCUCUGCUGUAAGGAGGGAGUAGUGGAGAUAUCAGCAGCAGUGAAAGCUGUCCACAUACUGCAGUCAGCAGAGCCAAGCACCCAAGCAGCAGCAUCUGUCGCACAAUAUCACGGGAAGUAUUAUCAAAAAUACUCUUUCAAGAAUAUAUGUGUUCAUUGUCGCAAGACAAAAAUGUGGCAUGGCCCCAUGGGUAAAUGUUUAUAGUUUAAUUAAGGAGUGAUAAUACUAUCCUCAUCUUGUAGAUAAACUAUGUGCCAGGAGAGAGUGUGUGUGUUUGUUGUGUGUCACAGUUCAACUUUUACUUUUACUUCACUACAUUCCUAGAUAAGUUAACGUACUGUUUACUCCACUGACACCCAAAAUUACUAGUUUUAGAAUGCUUAGCAGGACCGGAACAUUAUCCAAUUCACGCCCUUAUCAAGAGAACAGCCCUGGUCAUCCCUACUGCCUCUGAUCUGGCAGACUCACUAAACAGAGAACAUCCCUGGUCAUCCCUACUGCCUCUGAUCUGAUGGACUCAAUAAACAGAGAACAUCCCUGGUCAUCUCUGCUGCC